AACAGAAAUACCACUCUAUAUGAAAAGGAAAAGGAAAUGAAAACAACUAAACUCAAACCCAAAUCCAAAUCCAAUUCCAAUUCCAUAGGUAAAUCAAACAGCAACAUCACUUUCUCUCUCUGUUAAGUUAGAAAAAAUAUAUAAAAUAAUUUCCCAAAUCCUAUUUCAAAAUUCAAAAUUCUCUCUCUCUAAACUCCAUAGCUACAAACUCCACUUUCUGAGCUUGAUUCGACCCACAUGCAAUUACCAUGUCCCUCCUCAGCAGAUUCUUCUACAAAAGACCCCCAGAUGGCUUACUUGAAUUCAUCGAUAGAGUUUACGUUUUCGAUUCAUGCUUCUCCACAGAAGCAUUACCAGACGGAAUGUACCAGUUGUACUUGCACGAAAUCGUAACGGAGUUACACGAAGAGUUUCCAGAAUCUUCGUUUCUCGCCAUCAAUUUUCGCGACGGAGAGAAGCGUAGCAAUUUCGCCGAAUUAAUGUGUGAUUACGAUGUAAUCGUUAUGGAUUAUCCAAAACAAUAUGAGGGUUGUCCUCUUUUGCCACUCUCUCUCGUUCAGCAUUUUCUUCGCGUUUGUGAGAGUUGGCUUAUGCUUAAGAAUCAUCAUAACGUGAUUUUGCUUCAUUGUGAGAGAGGUGGUUGGCCUCUUUUGGCUUUUUUAUUGGCAAGUUUGUUGAUUUUCAAAAGGGUUCAUAGUGGUGAAAAAAAGACACUUGAAAUGGUUCAUAGAGAAGCACCUAAGGGUUUGUUAAAGUUAUUAUCACCUUUGAAUCCUUUGCCUUCACAACUUCGUUAUAUUCAAUAUGUUGCUAGGAGGAAUAUUGCUCCUGAGUGGCCCCCACCUGAGAGGGCUUUGUCUUUGGAUUGUGUUAUUAUUAGGGGAAUUCCUUGUUUUGAUUCAUCUAAUGGGUGUAGGCCAAUGUUUAGGAUUUUUGGUAGGAAUUUGCUUAGUAAAGGUGGAGUUUCUACUCAGAUGAUUUAUAAUAUGCACAAGAAGAAGAAGCACUUGAGGCAUUAUCGUCAGGUAGACUGUGAUGUGAUUAAGAUUGAUAUUCAAUGUUUAGUGCAAGGAGAUGUGGUUUUGGAAUGUGUUCAUUUGGAUUUGGAUCCAGAGAGGGAAGUAAUGAUGUUUCGUGUGAUGUUUAGCACGGCUUUUAUUCGAUCCAACAUACUGAUGUUGAACACUGAAAACUUGGACAUCCUUUGGGAUUCAAAGGAGCGGUACCCGAAAGGCUUUCGUGCUGAGGUUUUAUUUGGGGAGGUUGAAAACAUAAGUCCUCAGAGAGCUCCGACGGAAACAACCAUUUUGAACGGUGAGGAGAAAGGUGGAUUGCCGAUAGAAGCGUUUUCAAGAGUUCAAGAACUUUUUAGUGGAGUGGAAUGGAUUGACAACGGUGAUGCUGCAGCAGUCUGGCUGCUUAGACAGCUUACUGUCUUAAAUGACGCGAAAGAGUUUUCGAGGUUGCAAGGUAAAGGAAGUUGGUAUUCAUCGCCUGCUGACUCCGAAGAAGAAAAUAAUGAAUCAAGUAUUGCUGAUAGUUCAGACGAGGUCUCUGAUGUUACUCCCAAGUCUUUUGCUGAUCCUUCAAAAUUAUGGACGUCGGACACCCCUGAUUUGGAUCAUUUAGCUUUUGAAAACAAUGCUGAAAAUUGUGUAAAUCUCGUUUCUAGAAUGCCUGAUCAGUUAUUGAUUGAUAAUAAUGCUGGUGGUCCACCUCCACCCCCUCCCCCCUCCAUGGCCAGCAAUGCUAGCAGUGCUUCCGCAUUGCCUUCGCCUCCUCUUCUAGCACCUGUACAUACAAGUUCAGUCCCAUUACCUCCACCCCCACCACCUCCUCCAGGAUUUGCUCGGACAGGUUCAGCCCCACCACCUCCACCUCCACCUCCUGGUCUAGUACAGACAGGUUCGGCUCCCCCUCCCCCACCUCCCCCUCCUCCAGGUCUUGUCCGAAAAGGUUCAAUCCCUCCACCUCCACCUCCACCCUUUUCUGGUCCUACACGGUCAGCACCACCACCUCCUCCUCCUCCACCACCAGGUCCUACACAAAUAGGUUUAACCCCCCCGCCGCCGCCACCUCCUCCUCCACUUCCAAUACGAACAGGUUCAGCCCCACCUCCUCCAGGUUCGGUACUGAAAAGUUCAUCCCCUCCACCUCCACCUCCACCGCCUCCAGGCUCUACACGAGUAGGAUCAUCCCCGCCACCCCCACCGCCUCCAGGCUCUACACGAAUAGGAUCAGCCCCACCACCACCACCUCCACCCCCACCGCCUCCAGGAUCUACACGAAUAGGAUCAGCCCCUCCACCUCCACCCCCACUGCCUCCAGGAUCAGCUCCACCACCUCCACCCCCACUGCCUCCAGGAUCUACACGAAUAGGAUCAGCUCCACCACCUCCACCGCCUCCAGGCUCUACUCGAAUAGGAUCAGGCCCACCACCUCCACCCCCACCACCUCCAGGCUCUACACAAAAAGGAUCAGCCCCACCUCCUCCACCACCACCUCCAGGUUCUACACGAACAGGAUUAUCCCCACCUCCACCCCCACCACCUCCAGGCACUACACGAGCAGGAUCAGCCCCACCACCUCCACCACCACCUCCAGGUUCUACAAGGACAGGAUCAGCACCACCACCUCCACCACCUCCUCCAGGUCUUACACGGCCAGGUUCAGCCCCACCACCUCCACCACCACCAGGUCCUGUUCGAGCAGGUUCAGCCCCGCCACCUCCACCUCCUCCAGGAUCUGCUCGAACAGGUUCAGCUCCGCCACCGCCAAAGCCUCCUAACGCUCCUCCUCCACCACUUGGUCGUGGUUCAUCGCCGGCACCUCCACUUACUGCAGGCAGGGCGCCUAGUGUGCCUCCACCACCAGGCAAGGCUUCUUUAGCAACAACAAAUGUGGGAAGAGGUCGUGGCAUUGGUGCGACUGCUACUGUUGCUAAGAAAACAUUGUUAAAGCCCCUACAUUGGGUGAAAGUGUCUCGAGCAGCCCAAGGGAGUCUAUGGGCAGAUUCACAGAAACAAAACAGUGAAUCAAGGGCUCCUGAAAUAGACAUAUCAGAACUUGAGAUCCUGUUUUCAGCCGCAACUAUUUCUGAUGGGAAUAGUACUAAAGGUGGAGUUCGGCGGGGUUCUAAUCUUAACAAACCUGAGAAAGUACAAUUGAUUGACCUGCGUAGAGCAUAUAAUUGUGAAAUAAUGCUCUCUAAGAUCAAAAUUCCUUUGCCAGAUAUGCUUAAUGCAGUUCUGGCAUUGGAUUCGGGUAUCCUGGAUAUUGAUCAGGUUGAGAAUCUCAUCAAGUUCUGUCCCACAAAGGAAGAGAUGGAGGUUCUGAAGAACUAUACUGGGAAGAAGGAUAUGCUUGGAAAGUGUGAGCAGUUUUUUAUGGAGCUGAUGAAGGUUCCACGAGUUGAAUCCAAAUUAAGGGUGUUUGCUUUCAAAAUCACCUUUUCUGGUCAGGUGAGCGAUUUAAGGAUGAAUUUGAAUACAAUCAACGAUGCAACCAGAGAGGUCAAAGAAUCUGUAAAAUUGCGUCAAAUAAUGCAGACUAUUCUUACGUUGGGCAAUGCUUUGAAUCAGGGAACAGCACGAGGAUCGGCAGUAGGAUUCAAAUUGGACAGCCUUCUCAAAUUAUCCGAUACCCGCGCAAGAAAUAACAAAAUGACUUUAAUGCAUUAUUUGUGCAAGCUUCUUGCUGAGAAAAUGCCAGAAUUGAUAGAUUUUGACAAGGAUCUUGUUCAUUUGGAAGCUGCUUCUAAGAUCCAACUAAAAGCAUUAGCUGAAGAAAUGCAAGCUGUGCAUAAAGGUUUAGAGAAAGUUGAGCAAGAACUCACUGCUUCUGAAAAUGAUGGUACUAUAUCUUUAGGAUUUCGCAAGGUGUUGAAGAAUUUUCUUGAUUUUGCCGAAGCUGAUGUAAGGUCACUUAUAUCAUUGUAUGCCGAUGUGGGAAGAAAUGCUGAUUCUUUGUCUCAGUACUUUGGAGAGGAUCCAGCUAGGUGCCCCUUUGAACAAGUAACACAAAUACUUGUUGUCUUCGUUAAAACCUUCAACAAAUCAAGGGAGGAGAACCAAAGGAUAGCAGAUGCCGAGAAAAAGAAAUUAGAGAAAGAAGCCAUGAAGGACAAGGCAGCUAAUAACGCGCAUUCUAGAAAAGAGGUUGCUCGAUAGAUAUUAUAUAUGAUGAAUAGAUAUGUCAAAUUUCUUCCUGUACCAUCUACGAUAUGUAACAUAAUACAAACAAGCACGAAGCAUGGUUACUUUCAGUUCAAGCAUGCUGAAUUAUGCACUCAAAAUGCAAUUCAUGUGUUUGCACAUGCAUGCACUAUUGGGGGAUCUAUACCUUCUAAGACAACGCUGGCUGUUGGAUCAAGGGGCAUGCAUCUACCCUUGUGCUGGUAAAGAAGAAAUACAUCAACAAGCUGGAGGUCUUUUGUAAUUAUAACACAUGGAAACUAAUAUAGAAAAUUAAUUUUGCUCAUGUUUUUCAUGAGGCAUUUUGCUCCUCUUUAAAAUAGGGGCCAUAUAUUGUACUUCUCAAUUUGUAAUAUAGUUAGUCCAUAAGUGUCUGAGGCAAUUUUUUUAGCCCAUAAGUGUCUCCUUUGAGCUCUCUUUCACAAACUUUUCCAUGUUUUGAUCUCAAGAAUCCUUCAUUGUAUGUAUGGUUUCAUGGCAGAGGGUAUUAGGUUAUUCUACCUUAUGAAACGUAAUUCUAAUCAAAAUAUAGAUGUGUUUGUUAUUUUAAA